AUGGCGACACAGCUGAUCUGGCGAUCACCAAAUGCACGUUCACUAACGAAGGCUUCAAUUUUAGACUCCAGAGUUUCACCUCACAACUCACUUGCCGUCGUUUUGACUGGCUGGCGGCGCUGCCUCUCGACCAGAUCCAGUAGUGACGUGCACAAUGGCGACUUUCGUGUAUUUUCGGGAAUCCAGCCCACUGGCACGCCCCAUCUGGGCAAUUAUUGUGGUGCAAUUGCCAAAUGGGUGGCUCUUCAACAGCCACCACGUAGGGGAGAUGGACUUUCAGAAAGUGACAUGUUGACGUCACCAACCUCACGUGAUGACGCACCGUGGACUCGACUAUACUCGGUCGUGGACCUGCACGCCUUGACUGUGACCUUUGACGCUCAGCGCAUGCCCAGUCAAGUGCAUUCUAUGGUGGCGGCACUUCUUGGUGCUGGACUUGACCCGAGUUGUAAUAUUUUGUUCCGACAGUCUGACGUGGCAGCGCACGCCGAGCUUGCGUGGCUGCUAAGCUGUAUCACACCACUCGGGUGGCUGCAACGCAUGACACAGUUCAAGCAGAAGACAGCGUCGGCUAGAACUGAGAGCUCAUUGGGAUUGCUAGCGUAUCCGGUGCUCAUGGCCGCGGAUAUUCUGCUGUACCGUGCAACUCACGUACCUGUGGGUGAAGAUCAGCAGCAACACUUGGAACUUACGCGGAAGAUCGCAAUGACGUUCAACGACCGCUUUGCAUCCAACCGUGUUGGAGGGAAAGAAGUACUAACAAAGCCGUUUCCAAUUGUGGAAGACGAUAUCACGACGCUUGCUGGCACUAAGAGGAAAUCGCUCUCACGCAUCAUGAGUUUGCGGGACCCGACCAAGAAAAUGAGCAAGAGCGACAAGUCAGUGCUGAGUCGCAUUGAACUGACAGACACAGCCGAUGAUAUCCGCAAGAAGAUGCGUAAGGCCACCACGGAUGCGGUGAGUGGCAUUUGCUACGACCGGAAAGAGAGACCAGGCGUAUCCAACUUACUCGACAUUUUUAGCGCAGUCACGGGCCAAAGUGUCGUGCAGCUUGAGGCACAAUACGCAAAUUAUAGCACAGGCACUUUCAAGGACAGUGUGGCCGACGCAGUCAUUGCAAAAAUUUGCCCUAUAGGAGAACGUAUCAAGCAAUACAAUGGAGACCAAGGAUAUAUCGAUAAAGUGCUGGCACACGGUGCAGCACAAGCGUCAGAGCUAGCUGCCAUAACGAUGAAGGAAGUCAAGGAAGUCAUAGGUCUUGCGAGAUCGUAA